ACACACACACGACAGAACAACAAGAAUCAUACAAGACAGAACAACAAGAAUCAGCCGUACGGACAGAGACAAGUCUCGUUUAUCUUCUGUCUAUGCCGGGCGGCUGUGUGUCCGUUUGCCUGGGUGCAGUACUGCAUGCGUUACGUGGCGUGAGUCUCCUUAGAUGAUCACGUUGCUGAGAUACAGUGCUGAGAGACAGAGGAUGCAGCUGGGAGCAUGAGUCCUGACGGAGAGGAGCAUGACAUGUUCUGUCAGAAAGCUGUGACCCUGAUUGUUGACCUCUGCCUCCAGAACCACCAGUUAUUGGACCAGGACACCUGCCAGGACUUCUUGUUUCUGUUGUCCAACCAGAACUCGGACUACAAGGAACCAGAUGUCACUUUUGGCCUCCUCCUCAGCGUGUUUGUGGUGUGCGGACUUGUCCUGUUGACUCUUUGUGCCUUCGCCUCCUGGAAGCUGUGCUGGGUGCCUUACUGGCAGAACAAGGCAGCAGCAGCCCUUUCCUCCAGCUCUGCAGCCCUGACCCCGGCCUGCGGUCCCCCAGACGACUGCCCCCCCUUCCACCUCCACAUCCACCCUCCUCAGCCCCAGCACCAGUUCCUCCCAAGCCCCAACCAGCAGAAGUCACCGGUCACCAUGGCAACGGAGAAAGUGAAGGACCCGAUGGGUUCCGUGGGUUUCCUGGAGGCUGCUGUGAAGAUAAGCCACACGUCACCUGAUAUCCCAGCGGAGGUGCAGCUCUCAAUGAGGGAACACUUUAUGAGGCGUACUCAACGCAUGCAGCGGCAGGCCACUGAGCCUGCUUCCUCCUCCAGACACAGCUCAUUCAAAAGGCACCUGCCCAGACAGAUGCAGUCGAUCAGCCUGGACCUUGGCAAUGACUACUUGGACGAGGACGAGCAGCCCACCAGCAUCGGACGCAUCAAACCCGAGCUCUACAGACAGAAGACCCUGGACACUGACGAGUCCGCCAAGAACAGCAACGCCAAGAACUGUGGGAAGAUCAACUUCUCCUUGAAGUACGAUUAUGAAAAUGAGGCCCUCCUGGUCAACAUCCUCAAAGCCUUCGACCUGCCCGCCAAGGACCUGUGCGGCAGCUCAGACCCCUACGUCAAAAUCUAUCUUCUCCCUGAUCGCAAGAAGUUCCAGACGCGCGUCCACCGGAAGACGCUCAACCCCACAUUCGACGAGUCCUUCCAGUUCCCCGUGCCUUAUGAUGAGCUGGCUGUUAGGAAGCUCCACAUGAGUGUGUUUGACUUUGACAGGUUCUCCAGACAUGAUAUGAUCGGGGAGGUGGUGGUGGAUAACCUCGUUGAGACGUCAGACCUCUCCAGAGAGACGGACAUUUGGAGGGACAUUCAGUACACCACAACUGAGAGCGUGGACCUGGGAGAGAUCAUGUUCUCACUAUGCUACCUUCCCACUGCUGGACGACUCACUCUCACCGUCAUCAAGUGCAGGAACCUCAAGGCCAUGGAUAUCACGGGAUACUCAGAUCCCUACGUCAAAGUGUCUCUCGUCUGUGACGGGAGGCGUUUGAAAAAGAAGAAGACGACAAUCAAGAAGAACACUCUGAACCCCACGUACAACGAGGCCAUCAUCUUCGACAUCCCCCCAGACAGCAUGGACCACGUCAGCCUGCACAUCUCAGUCAUGGACUAUGACUUGGUUGGUCACAAUGAGAUCAUUGGUGUGAACCGUGUGGGGUGCAGUGCUGAGGGGCUUGGCAAGGGCCACUGGAACGAGAUGCUGGCGUACCCACGCAAGCCCAUUGCACACUGGCACCCCCUACUGGAGGCCAAGAAAUCAGAGAAAGAGUGGAAAACGCGGACGGCCAGUUUUGACAGCCAGGGCUCCUGCCCCUCCCCCAGGCGUCCUGCUAGCCCCUGAGCAGAACCACAUGUGACCCUAGCGGAAUGGCCCAGUUUGGUUUGGGUCUCUUCUAUCUCUCCUACUGAUCCUACUUCCUGUCUGUUCUGUCUGCCUGAGCCUAAGGAGAAACAUAACCCCACUGAGACUCUCUCUCAGUCUUCACUUUCCCUCAAGUGUAGCCAUAGAGUGCUCCCAGUCCUAAGACCAGAUCCUGGAUCAGCAUCGUCAGUUAUUUGUGAAAGUAACGUUGUUUAAAAAAAAUCAACAUUAGAAUUACUGAUCUGGAGUCAGACCUAGUACUUGGGAGGCUUUGGUUUUUAUCCUGAGCUGAUCUUCUCAAGUGAGUCCCCAAAGGGGAAGAUUGUUGUCUGAGUGGAACAGCAGACUGCCGUUUUCCAGUUUAUCUAUCUUUGGGUUGAGGCUAAUGGAAUGUGAUCACUGCGCUCUCACAGGGACUUGGUCUAAACACACUGAAGUUUCUGCUCAGCACUGCAGAGCUCUUUGAUGAGAGGCUCCACAUGGAAAUCACACUUUGAAUGCAGUUGAAGUUUCCCAGCGAGACAGAGAAAGAGAACUGAAGGAUAUGGGGUAAGAUAGGAACUGAAGGACAGUGGACGGAACUAAGGAAUAUCCAAAGCCGUCUGCCCUUACCUUCUCCUUGUGCGGCAGUAACAAAAAAACAUUGUGACACAAUCAAAUGUGUAGUUCUUUCACCAAACAUUAACUGUCAGAGUAACCAAUCCAAACAAGGCAACACACUCAUUUGAAAAUAGUAGCUAUGUUGUAUAUCUUCUCGACAUAAACCAUUACAUUUUCAGGAGUAAUGAACAGAACUUAAAGGGGUGGUUUUAACCAGUCAAAUAGUGUUCAUCGAGUUUAUAGUGGUUCAUUGAAUCAACAAAUAUGAUCAGCACAUAAUAUGAGCACCUUGCAACAAUGUUGGAGCAUAGCACCUCCUGAGUGUCUUUCUAUGGAACAACAAAGAGUUAAAUAGCACACAAACUCCGAACCACCCUUACCUCUCUCUUUGUUUUCUCCUAGUUGGUCUUGGUUCUCUUACCUCUUCCAUCGAAGUGUGUUCUCAUUACUCCUCUUCCCAUACUUUCCCUCUCUCAGCUGAACGUACUGCACUUCUUCAGCACCUUCUUAUCGUGUUCUGUUCUCUGGGGUUUGUUUGAACUGUACAGCACAGUCCUCUAUCUGCUAAUGUAAAAUUUGUAUUUCCCACCAGAAUACAAAUUAGGUAUAGAACUAGUAUUGUUGUGUUUUGGGAGUUUUCCUUAUCCUGCAGCGUCCAGACCUCUUCUCCAGAAUAGAAGAAUUUGACCCUCGGUGGACCAAUAAUCAACUAUUCAUUUCAUAUUUUCUUGUCUAUCAUAAGCCAGAGGUACACUGGAGCAAUUUGUAAUGGGGUGACUUUCAAUCUGCUCUUUAUACACGGAUUAGUUUAUUGAAUAUUGUUGAGGAGUUUGAUCUAAAUCCAAACAUUUUAUUUGCAUUAUUGAACAUUAUUCAAAAAGUCAGCGUUUACGGUAAGGGUAGGCAGUCAUGUAGCUACUUCUUCUACUGUUUUUCUAACGGUUGUACUGCUGGAUAUUGGACAGAUAUACAGUACCAGUCAAAAGUUUGGACACACAUACUCAUUCAAGGGUUUUUCUUUAUAUUUUACUAUUUUCGACAUUGUAGAAUAAUAGUGAAGACAUCAAAACUAUGAAAUAACAUAUAUGGAAUCAUGUAGUAACCAAAAAGGUGUUAACAAAUCACUGUUUGCCUUGAUGACAGUUAUUGCACAGUCUUGGCAUUCUCUCAACCAGCUUCAUGAGGAAUGCUUUUCCAAAAGUAUUGAGGGAGUUCCCACAUAUGCUGAGCACUUGUUAGCUGCUUUUUCUUCACUCUGCAGUCCAACUCAGUCCAAGAAAUCUCAAUUGGGUUGAGGUUGGUUGAUUGUGGAGGCCAGGUCAUCUGAUGCAGCACUCCAUCACUCUCCUUCAUGGUCAAAUAGCCCCUACACAACCUGGAGGUGUGUUUUGGUUCAUUGUCCUGUUGAAAAACAAAUAUAUGCGGAUAUCAUCUGUUCACCUACUCUGCGUCUCACAAAGACACGGCGGAUGGAACCAAAAAUCUCUCAAAUUUAGACUCAUCAGACCGAAGGACAGAUUUCUACCAGUCUAAUAUCCAUUGCUGGUGUUUCUUGGCCCAAGCAAGUCUCUUCUUCUUAUUGGUGUCCUUUAGUAGUGUUUUUUUUUGCAGCAAUUCGACCAUGAAGGCCUGAUUCACACAGUCUCCUCUGAACAGUUGAUGUUGAGAUGUGUCUGUUACUUGAACUCUGUGAAGCAUUUAUUUGGGCUGCAAACUGAGGUGCAGUUAACUCUGAUGAAUUUAUCCUCUGCAGCAAAAGUAACUUUAGGUCUAUGGCGGUCCUCACGAGAGCCAGUUUCAUCAUAGCGCUUGAUGGUUUUUGCGACAGACCUUCAUGUCUUAAAGUAAUGAUGGACUGUUGUUUCUCUUUGCUUAUUUGAGAUGUUCUUGCCAUAAUAUGGACUUAGUCUUUUACCAGAUAGGGUUAUCUUCUGUAUACCACCCCUACCUUGUCACAGCACAACUGAUUGACUCAAAUGCAUUAAGAAGGAAAGAAAUUCCACAAAUUAACUUUUAACAAGGCACACCUGUUAAUUGAAAUGCAUUCCAGGUGACUACCACAUGAAGCUGGUUGAGAGAAUACCAAUAGUGUGCAAAGCUGUCAUCAAGGCAAAGGGUGGAUUUGUUGAACCCUUUUUUGGUUACUACAUGAUUCCAUAUGUGUUAUUUCAUAGUUUUGAUGUCUUUACUAUUAUUCUGCAAUGUAGAAAAUAGUAAAAAUAAAGAAAAACCCUAGAAUGAGUAGGUGUGUCCAAACUUUUGACUGGAUAAAAAGGUAAACAAUAAUAUUGGUUUGAUUAUAAUGGUUAUUUAGUAUAUUUCUACAUUGUGGUACUAUGAGUACAAUCUAAUAAUUGAUGUCAUCUCAAUAACUUAAUGUGUAUCAAACAGACAAAAGAAAACAACCCGAUUGGUGUAUAGUUUUUUGGUGCCAAACGUGUUUGUAGCAAAGGGAGACUAUAAUUUGUUUUGUCACAAAAAUGAUUAAAGUAAUGUCAGUCAUUGAAAUUCCCAACCCACCCAUUCGGAAAAUGUCUGGAUAAAAGCGUCUGCUAAAUGGCAUUUGUUAUACAUUAUUAACUCAUGUUUUCUUUCCAGUGAGACUCAUUAUAUUCUGCGCUAUGUAGUAAAUGUAUUGUUUCAAUUAUUAGAGAAAAUACAGCAGGGAUUACAAAUAGUUUUUGAUAAUAACUUGUGCAACCAAACAUGGGCUACCAAUUUAUUUAUUUAUUUUCCAUCAAUGUAAUUGUCCGCAUCAUUUCCAAUCCACCAUAUAUAUUUCUUUGUAGAUAUAUAUAAAUAUAUAUUUAAAAAAUAUAUAUUUUCCUUUAUUAUUUCCCUAACCCUACCACCUCUCCCCUAAUUGGAGUAAAAUAAUGGACAACAACACUGAGGCUUCUACUUCCAGCUGAUACUGUACAUACGAUAUACAUUUUAGGAACACAGUAUAUUUUACAAUAGCUUUCUUUUGUUUUUAGUCCCAUUCUUCAGAUACCCUCAACCCCUCCCAUCUAGCUCUGAAGACCAUCCAGUUUUGAUUUCUAUUUGCCAUAUAUUUUUAACUGUGCAGUUUCAAUAAAGUUCUGAACCUAAAUACAUUUUAUGGACACAGUAUAUUGGACAUGAGUUAUCUUGUUAUUUUUAGUUCCACCCUUCAGCUCCACUUAACCCCUCCCAUCUAUCUCUGAACACCAUCCAGUUUUGGUUUCUAUUUGCCAUAUAUUUUUCAUAGUUUCUACAGAUUAUAAAUUAAAGAUACCAAUUUGAUUAGAAGGGUUCUUGUUUGACCCAGUUGGGUUAUGUAAGAUGUAAUAGAAAUCAGGAAUCUUCCUUAAUGUUAUUUUAUGUUGACCAUGACAGUGUUUUGAUUAUUUUACUAAUUGACAAGCACAUGUUUGAAAGCACAUAGAGAAACAGGUUGGUAUAGUGGGUAUCAGGAAGUGGGUGUUGUUUACAGAAUGUAAGGAGCGGUUUUAAGAGGCACUUUCUCUCAUUUAAGCUCUUGAGUGCCCUAAACCAAAGCCUCUAUAUUAAUGUAUCCUGUCAACACAACUUUGGCACUGUGGUUAUGUAGAAGUAGUUGUUUGAAUUCUUUCUCCAUGCAUUCUAUCUACCGGUACAUAACUUUGGCACUGAGAUUUGGUAGUAGUAGUUGUUUGAACUCUUUCUCCAUGCAUUCUAUCUACAUAAUUUUGGAAUUGAGAUUUUGUAGAAAUAGGUGUUUGAACUCUUUCUCCGUGCAUUCUAUCUACACAAUUUUGGCACUGAGAUUUGGUAGUAGUAGUUGUUUUUUAACCCAGGAGGUUAUAGUGACUUAAUGAUAGUACUGGAAUGGCCAUCCAGAUGACAAUGUGGCUUCCGCCUGACUACAGCUAUGCAGCAAAAGCAUGUUUGAAGAUGGUAUAAAUCAAACAGAGAGGAUGCAGAAGAAGCAUGGUGAAAGUGAACAAAUGUACUUAACAUACACACAUUAGAUCACUGUUUUAGCCAUUUCCUUCCUCUAGAGAGAGCAGGCGUUUACCUCAUUUCGCCUGGGAGACAGACAAAACAGACAGACAGAGAUACAGACAGAUAGUGUGGGGGAAACUAGCCUAGCGAUAGUCGCAGGCCAAUGUCUUGCAGUGAGUCAGUGACCUUUCUCUAAUUAGCAGUUGGUAGGUCUAUGAGACACAAUACAAUGAGUCACUUGAUGGAUUCCCUAAACACCAUUAUUGUGUCUUUCUUCACAAUAGGAUUGUUCAGGUUUCCUCACAUACUAUAUUUACUGGUUACAAUCCUGAUAAGAUCCUUCCUUCCAUUACUGGUAGACUCCUCAUAUCUGACUCACUCCAGUUUGUUAAAAAAAGUAUGGUUUUAUGUUUUUUCACAUAUAUACAGUAGGUAUACACUUGUUGAUUACAUUUCUGAUUACAUAUUUGACUCCAAGUUUGUUUCUAUUUGACAAAAAUGUAUGAAAUAACUGACUGUAGUUUUAUUCUUCCUCUGUUUCAGUGGUGUGUUUAAUAAUGAUGAUGAUCUUCUGUUUUGACAAUAUGGACUAGUGUGUUUGUUUCCAUAGUAUGUAAUAAUAUCAUGUUAUAUAAAUUUUGCCUCAGUUGAUGUACUGUUUUAAAGACCUUUGUCUGUUAUUAUUAUUGUUGUGUUUCUCAAUAUGAUCUUGUAUCCUUUCCAUUUCUCAUGGAGAGCACUGACUUUCCAAUUUUUUAUUGAAGAUUUGUACUUGUAAUAUAACUGUUUUGACAACUGUUCUUGUAAUUGAAGCCUGCUAGGGUUUAUUUAUUUUUGUUUCCUUUUAAAUCCUGAAUUGUUAAUGACUCAUAAUAUGAGUGUGUAAUAAAUUGAACAAAAACAAAUUA